ACUCGGGGUAGGGAUUCAGGAGUAAGGACUCACGAGUCACGGAUUCGCGACCUGAACCUUUCUUCGAGAUUCGAUUAGAUCGUUCACGUCUUGGAGUUUUCUGUACCAAUCAAUCUAGUUGGGAGGUUUUCAUUAAAAAAAAUCUUCUUUGGACGCAGGUGCUCGAAGAACUACAAAAAUGGUUAUUGUCUCGUCUCGUUUUUCUGCUCCGUCACAGUGUCACAGUUUCAUUGAUGCCCACUCAAAUCCUCUCCGUUCGGAGCUGAAGUCAAAAUGGCUGCAUCUGCAUCGGUAGCUUCUUACAGAUUCGUCUUCAGCGUCUCUCCCAGUUUUACUUCUCGCUUUAGGUCCCCGAAUGCCUUUUCCUCUUCCUCAUUCCUCAAGUCAACUCCACCAUCUUUCCUUGGUGGGUUUAUAUCGAGAAGACCUGUUUCUGAGAGGAACCCGAUUUUAAUACAGGAUAGGAUGAUCGAAUUUGGUAGAAUUGCUGCUCAUAGAAAGAGUGAUGCUGAUGAGGGUUCUGGGCUUAUAGAAAGAGAAGCUGUCUUGAGCAACGUGUCAUCGGAGUUUUGCCAGAAUUUUGUUUCUGGGGGACUGGAUACGACUCUCAAUCGAUUGAGUAAGUGGCUAGUCACUGCUGUUUUUGGUGCUGUCAUCCUUUGUAGGCAUGACGCUGAAUCUCUGUGGGCUGCAAUGGGGAGUAUUGUAAAUGUCUUGAUCUCAGUUACUCUGAAGCGAAUUCUGAACCAAAGCCGACCCACUUCCACAUUGAAGUCUGACCCUGGGAUGCCAUCUUCACAUGCACAAUCUAUCUUCUUCGCUGUCGUGUUUAUAAUCCUAUCAUUGGUUGAAUGGCUGGGGCUCAAUGAAAUCUCAGUAAUUGUUGGAACACUUGUAUUGGCUUGUGGCUCAUACCUUUCAUGGAUUCGUGUGUCUCAACAAUAUCAUACCAUCAAUCAAGUCCUUGUUGGUGCCGUCUUGGGGUCUAUUUGUUCCAUCUUGUGGUUUUGGUCAUGGGAUGAAAUUGUUCUCAAAGCAUUUAUUUCUCUUUUGUGGGUUCGGAUGGUGGUUGUAAUUGUGGGUUCUGGAUGUUGCUUGGCAUUCUUUAUAUAUAUAGUUCGAUACUGGCUUACAGAAGAACAGUGAGCUUGUUUAUAUGAUUUGAAAACUACUAAUUUGAUAUGUAUCAUUACCAUCA